AUGGCCUGCCCCCUGGACCAAGCUCUCGAUCUCCUGGUUGCUGUUUUUCACAAGUAUGCAGGCAAAGAAGGUAACAAGAACACCCUGAACAAGAAGGAGUUGAAGGAACUGAUCCAGAAGGAGUUGACCAUUGGGCCUCACUCGAAUGAUGGCGAGAUCCAAGGACUGAUGAAGGAUCUGGAUCGCAAUGGAGAUGAGGUGGUGAACUUCCAGGAAUAUGUGACCUUCCUUGGGGCCUUGGCAAUGAUUUACAAUGAGGCACUGAAAGCAUAA